CUUCGAUUAAACUUAAUUGAUUAAUUUAAUUGGCGAUUAAUUCAAUCAAAAUUUUUAUACAAUUCGUUGUUCCUGUUCUAAUCUUUCUGUCAUAUAUAAAUAAUAAGAAAUUAAUAAUUCUAUCUUAUAUUGAUAAACAGUACCGACGAGAAUCGAAAUACUACUAAAGGUACACCCUUAUGGGAGUUAUAACGCGUGGCUGUUAAGUAAUUGCUAAAAUUUAAGCAAUUUGCCCAGGGCUGACAGCGGUCUUUAACAGUAUCUCGUCGGUGAUAAAUAUAGUAAAGACAUUGUCAUUUUUAAUCGUAAAUUUAAGUUAAGUUUAGUUUCUUGCUCCGAUCUUAUCAGAUUUGAAACACCGCGGCUAUCGGAUGCUGGAUGCGCGGCUAUUUUCAGUUCAAAGGAAAAUAAGAAGGACAUCAACGAUUUAAGCAAUUUUACAUCAAAAUCUAACCACGAUUUAAUGACGGGCAUUUGACAAUUAAUUAAAGUGACAUUUUUUAUCAAGAAUUUAGAGCUGAGGGAAACAUGAAUUUCGUCGAGUCGAGAAACCGGCAUCAUGAACACGGACAUUCUAGAAAUUCGAAUGACGAAGAAAACAGAGGCAAAGAAAGACAGAAGAAUGAAGUAGAAUCGCAACGACCCUCUUGGCUUCAAACGGCACGCCACAGCGUCAAAAAUCGUUGUCAGAUAACGCACGAGAUGCGCUUUGGCGAGAAUUUGCGUGGCCUCUACAGCGCGCGUUUUUCUAAAACUGGUGACCUUAUAGCUACGGGUUUUGGAAACGGCGGUAUUCAGCUUCGAAACGGUGAGACUGGCGAUUUGGAAGGAACGUUCAAAUCUGGUUUGGAAAGUUCCGUGCCAAUUAUGUGCUGCAGAUUCAAUCCGAUCCGCAGCGAGAUCUUCUACGCCUCCAGUGCCUGCGGAAUUAUUUUUAUGUGCAACACACACACUAAAGAUUUUUCUAGAUUUGUACUCGAAUCAAAGAAUGAGGUGAAUGCGAUAGAUGUUAGUGUCACCGGAGAUUACUUGGUUUCCGGCGGUAAAGACGCAGCUGUUCGACUUUACAACCUACAAACCACUAAAUUGAUACUAACGUACAAAAGGAAGGAAGAGGUUCUGACAGAAAGUAAAGCCGGAAAUUUUCAUCGAAUGAAAAUAUUUGCCGCAAGAUUUCACAAAGAGUAUCCCGAUCUAAUUAUUACUGGCGGCUGGGACGAUACUGUUAGGAUUUGGGAUAUCAGAGUUCCAACUGGUUCAGUGAGAAUUAUUAAAGGCCCUCACAUAUGCGGUGACGCCAUCGAUAUGCACGAAACGCACAUCCUUACAGGCUCCUGGAUAGUGCGCGAUAGUCUGCAAGUAUGGGAUCUGAUGAGUGCGAAACUUAUUGAAACAAUAAAUCCGUAUAACAGACCGUCGACUUUGACCGGCGAGUUUCUUUACACAGUGCAAUAUUUCAAUGGGGAUCCUCACGGUGAUCUCGUUCUGGUUGGGGGUUCCGGUACUGGCGCAGUUGAAGUGAUUAGCUUAAGAGAAAAGAAGGUAAUGGGAAGCUUCAGUGCAAGCAAGCCAAUAUUCACUAUAGAUAGCUACCAAACUGCAAUAAUAUUUGGUGGCAUGGAAUCUGUAUUAAAGCUCGGAAAUUAUGAUUUUACCAAUGAAAUUGUUAAUUCUUAUUAAAUAAUAUAAUUUCAAACAAUAUUCUUUCACAAUUGCAAGAUAUAUUAUUGAUAAUUCCUAUCAAUGUAAGUAUGAAAAUUUCCAUCAGUUAUUAAGUAUUUAAAUAUAUGAUAGUAAAUUUAUCAUACACCUUAUAUCUACUUAUACAUGAAAUUAAUUAAUUAUUUAAAAUAUUUAUAGAACGUAUUUUAGAAAUCGGACAUUUUCUAUAAUUCUUAUAUUAAACAAAUACUAAAUAUCUAAUUUCUUAUUUAUAUUCAUCGUAUAUUACGUUUAUUUGAAUAACUGAAAAGAUUAGAUAUAUACACGACGUGUGGCGAUCGUAUGUGGCGCGAGAAGCUGCGCGGCAGCUUUCUGAGAAGCCAAAGAUCCAUGUUCAAAUCCAUCCCGAACAAUAUACUUAAUUAACUCUCGAUAAAAUCGAUUUGAAAUCGAUCGCCACGUAUCUGAUCUCGGAAGACGUUGAUCGAAGCGACUUAAAAAAAACUCAGACAAUUGGAACUAAUACAUCUCCCGUGAAUGAAUCAAUGAUUGAAACUGUUUCGCCUUAGAACAUAUACUAUUGGAAGGAGAAUUGUCUAUACCGUCCGUGCAUCGAGCUGAAGCUAACAUCUGUGCGAGAGAGAAAGGUAUAGGUUCCCAUUUAACUGUAAUACGCAUGUGUCAUUCAGCCCCCACUUUGUGACACAAGUAUCAUUCUGUCUUCGUUGUCAUUAAAUGUUGAAAAAAAGAUAGAAUGCUUGUGUCGUUAAAUAGAAGGCACACAUUAUAACUAUUACAAGUAAUUUUUAUAUAUAAAUUUCCAAAGGCAAAUUAACACCUAAUAAUCGCCACGUUCUUGGACAACAAUAUAUUUUGAAUUGCGAUAUCGCGUUUCCUAG